CCGCCACAUUCCAUUCCGUCCGUCCGUCCGCACGCACCCUCGCCGUCGCCAUGUGCUCCUCCCCGCCGCCGCCCUCCGCCGCCACUGACGACGACCGCUACCAAGACCCGAUGUGGGAGAGGCGGACGCACGCGAGGAUCCUCGUCCGCGACGCCGACGCCGGCCGCAUCAUCGGCAGCGCCGGUUCCUCCAUCGCCGCCAUGGAGAAGGAGGCCGGCUCCGGCGCCCGCAUCACGCUCUCCGCCAGGGACCAGCUCCUGGCAGGCACCGACCGCCGCGUCGUCUUCCUCUCCGGCCCCUUCCGCGCCGUCAUGGACGCCGCCGACCUCCUACUCCACAAGAUCCCCCGCUACCAGGGCGAGCAUGCCGACAACACGGUGGUGCUGGUGGUGCCCUACGCCUGCUGCGGCGCGCUCAUCGGCAAAGGAGGCACCCUCAUCAAGUCGUUAGCUGAAGCAUCAAAUGCUGGGAUCACGGUCUCGCACCACCGAGUCUGCUACGGUUUCAAUGACAGACUGGUUAACAUCACUGGGCACUUGGAAGAUCAGCUGCAGGCCAUAUUCCUCAUACUGUCCGAGCUGCUUGACGAUGUCCACUACUUGUCCUCCUACCAAAGAGUUGGUUUUCCACGUUAUCAUGUUUCAAGCGUUGAGCGUGAUGGCGAUGGGCAAGACGAGUAUGUCCAAAGAUACCACAGCAGGCCUGACACGCCCGUGGGGUCACCUGACAUCGACGACGGCAGACACGUAGAAGGGACUCUGACCAUCGCUGUCGCGAAUGAGUACGUGGGCGCCGUCGUUGGCCGUGGUGGGAGGGUCAUCAAGGAGAUCGAGCAGGCUACGGGCGUGUGGAUCACGGUGUUCAAGGGGAAGCUCUUACCUGGGAUGAGAGAAAGGGAGGUGGUGAUCAAAGGGACGCGGGAGGCGGUGGAUGCCGUGGAGGCGAUGAUCGCGGAGCACAUCUCGUACGCCAUGGAUCGCCACAGGCGGAAGCAGGGUGGCGAGGGGAGGAGGACUUUUGUGGAGUAGCCUCAGCAGGAGCAAUGCAGCAGAGCAGAGCAUGGUAAUGGUAGUAGUAGAAGAGCAGGAAGGAGAUGUUGCAAGUGUUUUUUGGUGGGUUGCUGGAGUAGUUAACUAGCAGCAAAAAUUACCUUUUGGGAGGGGUUUGAUGAAACCCAAGAUGAGAGGAUUUUUGAACUGAAACAAUUUGUUGCACUAGUGCUCAACUGAUGCGUGUGCGUGCAUGAGAAUUUAUUUUGGUUGGUGUGAUGAAAAAAAAAAGAAUUUGCCAACUUUUUUGGAAGAGAGUUUUGCGCGAUUU